GACAUUCUGCUGCGAUAAAAACAGAAAAAACGUGUUGUUUGUUUUGGCCUAGGUUUUGGUUUCUUAUUUCUACAACCUCCACUCGAAUUAUCUCCACUUCCAUCGAGAUUCAGCAAUAAACAGCCACUUUCCAAUUUCUCAAUUCUACAUCACAUCUCGCUGCUCUGAAAACUUUCAUUCAGCUGAAUGAUAAAUUUGAGAAGAGAAUAUGGAAAUUUGUGUGUUAAAUUGUAGAUAAACAUGGCAAAUCAAAAAGUUUUAUAGAACGAGAUGGAAAGAAGGAAGAAAACAUGAUAUUUCACGGGAUUUUUAUUAAGAGAGUGCUUUAUAUCCUUGGUUUAUUUUGUUGUGGUUCAGUUGACUCGACUAGUACAAAUGAUUCGGUUGUGAAUGAAACUAAUGCAGUCCUCAGACCAGUUUUUGAGAAUUUUCGAAAUAGAUUUGAAAUUCUCAAAAAUGAAGAAUUGCAAGUGUCCCUCAUUAAUAAUUUAUAUGGCUCCCUCAACAUCUUAAAUAAACGUUCUGACCCAAGGAUCAAAUUAGAGAGUUUGUCUGAGAAACUAAAAAUUAACAUAGACAUUAUCAAUGCUGUUCUUGAGAGAGCUAAAAGUAGUUUCAAAACUCACAACAGUACGAGUAUUGCUAAGUAUAAGCAAUCUGUGAUUGUGCCUUGUAAAGACGAUACAACUGAAGAUGUAUCAGAGAUUACAGACUCUUUGAUGAAUGAUGCUUCUGAGAAUUCCGUUGGAGAAAUCCUACGCAUCCUAUAUUAUGACCUCUGGGGACUCAAAAAUGCUUUGAAGAAAGUUUAUUUUCUUUCUCUCACAAGUACACCAUUUUCUGAGAACGCAGAAAUUAUCGACAACUUUUGUCAGAUUGAUCAUUCAAAAUUAUGGAAGACUUAUAUGUCGCAUAACAUAUAUAAAACGAGAAGAGUCAUUCUUUUGAUAGACCAUGGAAAUUCGAUUGAUGACAAUUUGCUUUUCUUGAGUAAACUUUUCGCUAAACAGAUGAUAUCUGUCUUGAACGAAAAUGAUAAAUUUACUAUCAUUGCAAUUGCUUCAAAAUGGUCAUCUCUUACUGUAUCUGAACCCUGUGGCAAUGAGCAUUUACCUUCGAUUCUGACGGCAACAGAUAAUAAUAAAGAACUCAGUUACAGUUUCAUCGAUGAAUUAAGUAGUAAAAGCGAAAUCACAGAUCAUAGUAUAGGCAUCAAAACAGCAAUGAAAAUGGCUAGGUUAUUUUAUGCUGGUGAAGAAACGGUUAUGUUGGUAUAUAUAAGUCCUGGUAUGCAAUUUUCUAUGUCUGAAGCUAUGGAUAUUAUAACAGUCAGCGAUAUUUCAUCUCCUCUCAUUGUCAACACAUGUUCUGUGUCAUCCGGUGCCUUACCUGAUAUCAAUGAUAUGAAUAUAUUAUCGAAUAUUAUGAAUGACUUCUUCAUAGAAAAAAAUAUUAACAGUAAACACCGAAUUUCAAGGGGGCAUUUAGCUUUUAUAAAUGAUCAGUCCUCAAUUGGUCCUGCUGUUGCUCGAUUCUAUGAAAUGUACAAUAGCCGACUUCAUCGAACAACUAUCAAAGUUUCUCUUCCAACAUGGGAUUCAGUUUCACAUGAUCUAACAACUACGUUCAGUAUUGGUUUUCCUAUUGGUAAUAGGUUCAUUGUAAUAGGAGUCGAUUUAUAUUUUCCGACAUUUUUGAGGGACAUCAUUUAUUACAGCAAUUAUCAGCAAAAUAUUACCGCAAUUCUUAUGGAUUCUGCAGGAACUGUUCUUAUACAUCCAUCUAUCCCUGCAAGAAAACUAGAGAGGCAAGUCAAAUUUGCACACAUCUCCAAAUAUCUACCUCAAGAUUUUGAUACCGACAUGUUCUUUAAAGCUACAGAAGGCACUUUUUAUUCAGAAAUAACAUCUAAAUCUUAUAUCUGGAAACAUAUAGAUAAUAUUUAUGUGAUAUGUUUGGCUGUGAAUAACAUUGAAGAUGUUUCGCUAAUUCCGUCAAAACUAAAUUGGUUACCGAGUUUGGCAAAUAGUCAACUUCUGUCGUAUCUCAUCGAUCUUGCAGGCAGCAGCGCAGUCUGUAAACAGUUUGGUCAAAUCGCCAACAUGGAGUCACCAUCACUGUACCUAAGCCAAAGCUGCUUCCACCACAUAUCCCAGAAAACCAACGAAUCCAUAACAUUAAAACUCUUGCCAUACUUCCAACGGGAUAACAUAUUAAUGAAACACGAGGGAUUACAGGACGGUAUCAGGGACGAAUUGGCGGGCUUGGUACAAGCCGCCGAUUCGCUGAAGAAAAAACACCUGAAGAGCGUCAACGUCGAUUACGUUAUCAGGAGAUACGUGGCCACCAAGACCGGCAUCGCUCACAUAUUUCCGGGAGCGUCUUUGGAAACGAAUUUCGAACCAUCCAAAAGGCUGUGGUUCCUCCGCGCUGACGAAAUGAGAGGAAGGGCAGUUGUCAGUCCGCCAUAUUUAGACGCCGGCGGUGCAGGUUACAUUGUGACCAUUUCUUACGCCACCCCUUUCCUCGUGAUAGGUAUAGAUGUUACAUACGGUUUCAUUCUGAAGAUGAUCCUAGAGCAAAAUUUCGAUUGUUUCAAUAACACCUGCUUCUUGGUAGACGACAGGGGGUAUCUCGUCUCUCACCCGGACAUAAUAACCUCGCUGGAAAACGAGAACGAACCGGUGGAACAGCUGCACAUAGUGCAUAAGGAGUCGUCGGUAGCUAACGACCUUCUGAACCACGAGGAGUUGGUCCAGAAAAAGGCCUGCAACGAUUACGCUUCCGCCACUAUUCAGAGAUACUACCAGUUCAACCUUAGCUUCCCGGACGUGCUGACCAGUUCAGUUCUCGGCGAACCUUGCGUUUCCUAUUCUAUCGGCGCGAUCGGGGGUACCAAUCUGUUUUUCGGGAUCGUCAAAGCCGCCUGCCCGAUCACCAGAACCUUCUGCCCUUGCAGCGUAGUCGACAGGAUAUGCCUGAAUUGCGGCACAAUGGAGAAGCAGGAGUGCGAGUGCCCGUGCGAGUGUCAGAUCCGGCGCAGCAGUUGCAGCAACUAUACGACGCAUGACGAUUACAGUAUUUGCCACACGGCGCUCGCGGGAUCCUCGUCAGAACCUAUAUUCAAACAUGACGUACAAGAUGACGUUUCCCCUUGCUUUAAUCCGAAUUGCGAAAGUAGGUACUCGUACCUUUCUUGCCUGGGCGUUGCCGGUUGCGAGUGGUGCAGGAAAGACACUUACGGAUUCACCUUGGAGACGCCCUUCUGCACCGGCAUGUCCUCCUGCUUCAACGGCGUCUUGGGAGGGCCGAGUCCCUACAGAGAUGGUAAUACAGGGGGUGCGCGCGUGUUCUCGUCGAUCAGGAACACGGGCGUAGCGCUGGGUUUGAUAGCCGCGUUCGGGGUCGUCUUCGUCUUAAUUAUCUUCUGCCUGCGUUCGUACAACAAUGUGCCACGCAGUUCGAGGGUUUACCUGUCCGCCAGACAGGAGCACUUGCACAUGAGCGAUCUGCGCAUCAACGACGACUUCCUGGAACAGGGUAACCACAGCGAUAAGUUGUUGAUAGAGGAGAAAAAGAGGACUCCGAUAUCUCCGUAUUGCGUAACCUCGAAUUACUCGAGACCGACAACGGCGGCCGAUUCUGACCACGGCUAUUCGACCAUGACGCCUCACGAUGAGUCCGAACAUCUGUCUUUGGCUCCGAUCGAGAUCGAUUCGUUGGAGGAGGACCUGUCUUCGGACAGAGCCACGCCGCCUAUUAAGCACAGGGCACAAAUGACGAGGAUACCGCUUAAGAAUUGUAUUAUUGUUCCGGUGACCGUGCACCGACACGUUGACGCGUCUUGAUUCGUUUCAAAACUGAUACGAACCUGUAUAAAUUGAGAUUAACUGCAUGAUCAUUUUGACGGUUAUCUGUCGUUUUGGAUGUCUGUUAUUUAUCGUUACUAAUCGUGCAUUUUAUUCCCCUAUUAAAUUAUUACCAAUCAGUCAUCACUGCCGUUUCAGAUAUUUUUAUCGAUAAAAUUAUCGCCUUAUUGACUGACUAUGUUUUUUGCCUCUGUUAUAUGAAGCGAAUUGGCAGCUUGUUUUUUUUGGAUAUAUAUUUUUUUAAUGAAGGUUUUUUUAUGUCGUAACAUUAAUGCAGAGGCAAUUGACAAACUUUGAAAUUACAGAACCAAUGUGUACAAAAUCAACAUAUUUAAAUAAAUUUAUGAAACCUUCGAAUGUUGACGUAACUUUAAAAUUUGUGUCUUAUGGUGUUUGUAAAUAAUGUAUAUAUUUUAUAUUAUCAAUAAUAUUUUCAUAAUGC